AUGUCUUCAACGCAGACAGAAACCCCAGCCUCUGUGCUCAAGGAGAACGAGAAGCGUAAUAACACAGAGAGCGUAAUCGCGGCCGAGGGCCUCAAGUUUGCGCAAAUCCCGACUUUUGAGAACCCCCUGCAGAAACGUCAAUGGCAGUUGGAGCAUAUGGCUGGAGCAUUCCGUGUCUUUGCCCGCAAGGGCUACACGGAGGCUACCAGUGGACACAUCAGCUACCAUUUUGGCAUGCUUAAGGCCAGUGACAUGGUUCACGUCGACGAGUUGGGUAACGUGAUCGGAGGCAAUCGGGCUGCUGUCAACGUCGCUGGCUUUAUGAUUCACUCCGCCAUUCACAAGGCCAGACCAGAUGUCCACGCUGCAUGCCACACGCACUCAGUCUAUGGCAAGGCCUGGUCGACCUGUGGAAAGCCGAAUGAUAUCAUAAACCAAGACGCCUGCUCUUUUUGGAAGAAGCAUGUCGUGUACCGCAACUUUGGAGGCAUGGUCCUCGAGAAGGAAGAAGGAGAACGCAUUGCAGAGGCCGAGGCACUGUGGACGAGGUGGCAGCCUUAUUAUACCCUAUUUGAGCGUGCGUGCCAAGUACAACUCCUCGUCGAGAGCACCGGCUUAGAGAAAGUGAUUAUCGGAGAUGAGGAGGCGGAAUACACCCAAAAGGCUGCCAUCGACCCUGAGGCGCUUUACACAGAUUUCCAGCCCGACUUUUCCUACGAGGUUUUCAAGUCUGGUGGAAAGCUCUUGUUGUAG